AUGGCCCAGGCUUUUGAGGAGAUUUUGGACUAUAUGGGCACCAGCUGCAAAUAUUGGGAUUUGUUCAGUAUGACUCUGGACCCCAACACAGCCCAUCCUGACCUAGCACUGUCUAAAGGUCAAAGACAAGUGACUUACAGACAACGCCACAAGAAUCUUGAGGCUUCUACCAAGAGAUUUUCUGUUUUACCCUGUGUCCUGGGCUGUAAGGAAUUUACUUCAGGAAGAUAAUACUUCCAAGUGUCUGUUGAGAACACAACCUCUUGGGAUGUGGAAAUCUGCGUAGAGGAUGUGCCAAGGGGCUUUGACAUGAAGAAGGAGCCUGAGUUUGGAUUCUGGACCAUAAGAAUGUGUGAAGAGGGUGGGCUUGCAGCCCUCACUUCCACCCCUACUCCCCUUCACCUGAGUGAGAAGCCACAGCUCGUGGGAGAUUUUCUAGACUAUGAGACUGGAGUUGUAACCUUUUACAAUGCAACCAGUGGUUCCCAUAUCUUCACCUUCCCCAAGGCUUCCUUCUGGGAUACUCUGAAGCCCCUUUUCCAGGUUUAUGAAAAUACUUCUUUGUUUCUGCCUGGCAGAAUUGAUCGAGGGAAGAGGUAAAGUCCCCAUGGUGUAAGUAGCACAGAAAAUGCAUAAAUCCCAUAAGGCAAAAACUUGGAUGUUUUUCUUCAUUGCUAUUCCAGUGCUUUUAAUAAACUUUCAAUAAAUGUGCUCUGAUUUGAUUGAUGGAAAGGGUAAAAAUACCAUACAUGGCCAGUUUCAGUGAGACGAAAGCAAAAUAAUAGUAGUGAUUAUAUAUUUUCUUCUCCUUCCCUUUUGUACAGUGGUUCUCAACUU